AUGACCUGGGAAGAAGAGCUCUUGAUGGUAUAUAUGUCAAGCUGGCAGUCGCUGGAUUCGGAAUUCUACACCAUGAAGUUGUCCAACGUCAGUGCCACUGCCCUCCUGGCUUCUGUAGCCUCAGGCCACACCAUUUUCUGCCAACUCAAAACGAGUGCGCAGACCUACCCUGUAUCUCAUGCUAUCAGGACUCCCUCAUACGAUGGGCCACAAAGCAACGUCAACGGCAACAACAUGGCCUGCAACGGCCCACCGAACCCGACCAUGCCCUCAGACAAGAUCAUCGACGUAAAGGCAGGCGAGACCGUAGGCGCCAUCUGGCGACACACGCUGCAAUCCGGAGCCAACGACGUCAUGGACCCAGGCCACAAGGGACCCGUAAUGGCGUACCUAAAGAAAGUCUCGGACGCAACCAAAGACAACGGCGUCGGAAACGGGUGGUUCAAGAUCCAGGAAGAGGGCUACAGCAACGGAAAAUGGGGCACCGACACCGUCAUCAACAAUGGCGGGAACCAGCAGAUCAAGAUCCCCGAGUGCAUCGAAGAUGGCCAGUACCUCCUCCGAGCCGAGAUGAUAGCCCUGCACGGCGCCCGAUCGGUGAACGGCGCGCAGCUCUACAUGGAAUGCGCCCAGAUCAACAUAACUGGCGGCAAGGCAACAAAGACACCAACCACGACCAGCAUCCCCGGCAUCUACAAGUCCAGCGACCCCGGCCUACUCAUCGACAUCUACAGCAAACCACCAGGAACCAGCAACCCUUACAAGAUCCCUGGUCCUUCCGUAUUCACCUGCUAA